GCGCACGGGGCACUCUCAGUUCGAUGUCGGGUUUCGUGAACUGUGCCGUUUCCGUGGCGUGCGUGCGUGCGUGUCGUGACGUGACGUGUCGCGGGGCCCUUCAGGCUCAACUGGAAUUUAAUUAGCUCUCGAUAGCCGGUACUGGUCGUCGCGUGCCAAUCCACUCCAGCUGCAUUCCAAAAUUUUGGCCUAGAUUAACCCUCCCACGUCGGCGAUGCGAUCCGGAUUCCAUCCCGGACACCGGCCAUCGACUGCAACGAUUGAAUAAUUGGAAUAUUUUCGUUGAGUUUUUUUUUUUUUGCCUGAAAGUGUGCGGUUUUAGAGGCGAAACCAGGUCGAGAUGUCGUCGUCUUCGUACGCGAGCGGAACGCCACUGGGAAGUUCCAGCAGUCCGCGGGACGGGAACAACAACUUCAUGGACGGCGCCGAGAACAUGCUCAAGCUGGCGCUGAAGAAGCCCAAGGCCUGGAAGUGGGAGCUCACGACGUCCAGCUCGUCGCCGGGGAUCGACUUUCCGAAGAUUCAGCUGUUUGACAGCCGUACUGGGGAGCUGAUGAUCCAGGUCGACAAGCCGGACUGCGUGGUGAAGAGCGAGCAGCUGGAGGCGGGGUCGGAGCGAUCGCGGAGUUCGCAGGGUGACGGAGGGAAGAAGAGCGGGAAAGAUCAGCGGUAUCGGAGGUCACGAAGCUCGUGCAUUCGGGAGAAGGUGGCGACCUCCGGGGAGUAUCUGAGUGAUGUGUUUGAGCAGUUGCAGAACAAGGGACUGGGGUACAAGCUGGCGACGAGUGCGUCGCAGUAUCGAGUGCAGGAAGAAGAGGAAGAGGAUCGUUCGCUGCAGAAGAGUAAAUCCGCUAAUGAGGUGAACGGGGUGAAGAAGAAGAUCCGUAAGUCGACGUCGAGUCGGUCGAGUUCGAUACUAGGAAGAAUCAGUGAGUUUUACAAGAGUUCUACGGAAGAAGAACCUGUCGUGGUGUCGCCACCGCCUCCAACUCCUCCUCCAGCGAUUCCGGAAAUUACGGUAGUGGAGGAACCUCCCGCGCCGGAACCCCCCAAGAACAAGAUUUACAAGCUGGUUCGCAGCAACGCCGGCACGCUCAUAGUCCGCGAGGAGUCUUUCCACACUAACCGGAGUCUGCGACGUCGCAAGCUGGAAAGCGAAACCACGAUCCCGGAAGACGAACCCCACACCGAACAGCGCGUCAACCUGCCGGUGGACAUUCCGACGCCCAGCUACGACACCACGAUCAACGAGAUCGACAAGCUGAUCUCCAAGGUCAUGCUGUCGCACACGCUCCAGUCGGUCGAGGAACCGCCGAAGCACUCGUCACCGGUUCGGAUCAAGCAGAACGAGGCGAAAAAGCGGCGAUCGCGAAGAUCGGCGAGCGUCGGCAGUGCUGCCAGCAGAAGUGCCAGUGGGGGAAGCCGACGAGGAAGAAAGAACUCGCCACGUGUGACGGUACUGCCGGGAAGUUCCUCUUCGGAGGAGGAUGCCGUUUCGCUGGCGGAAAGCCGAUUCGGAUCGCUGAAGCGCCGGGGACGGCCCAAGUACAGGAGGCCGGCGGCAGCAGCCGCGGAGGAGAACGCCGUGGAGCGGAGCAACGGGCAGGAAACAAACGCCCAUCAUAAUCAUCCCCAGCGAACCUCCUCACUGCGCAUCGAAGAAUGCUCCAGCACGCUUUCCAAGUCUUCAUCGUCCGGAACUUCCCGCUCUAGAAGCAAAUCUUCAUCGACUUCCAUUUCCACGCUGUCACCUCCUUCGGAUGUUGGAGAGCCCAACGCGGAGUCCGCUGCAAGCCCCGCAACUCACCAAGCUGCGAUCGCCACCCUGCCGGAAGUGCACUACGAGCGGUUGAACUCCAUCGAGCAGACGGCACAAGUCACGGAGAUCCUGAACCCUCGAGGAAGCUCGUCGGCACCAGCUCCAGCUCCUGAACCUCCUCGAACCAGAUCCAAACUCCACCCGGACAACUUCUUCAACUCCUACCUCGCCGAACUGCGAUCGCUUUCUCAGCAGAAUGCGCGCAACUCGGAAUCGGAACUCCCGCGCCGUAACCACCUUGCGACUUCGCAAUCGGCCUCCUCCCUCGUUUCGCCGGCGAAGCAGCAAAAGCAGUACGGAAGGCGCCACCAUCGCUCCAGCUAUCUGCAGCUGUUGCCAUAAAUUAUCGCGGGGAAGACUGCUUUUCUUUUUUUUUCUCCAGGAGAAGACACACACACCGUCGUCUUGGGGAGUUUAAUUUAUUUUAUUGGGCUUCCGCUUUGGAAAUUUGUCGCCGGAAAAAGGGCGCUCGCGCGCAUGAAUCAGCGAGGUUUGGAAGUUUAUGAAUGAGACAUAUAUAUGUUUGCCCGAAAUUGGAGGAUUCGUGCGAUGGCACCAAGCUAAUUGAGAUAUUUUAUUUCUGUUUAAUGUAGCAAAUUCGACAUUUAUGAAGCUUAUGUAAUAAAGAGUCCAAUUUUGGUUAAAUAAUAAAGC